AUGCACCCGUAUCUCCUCACCUACUGCCUUAUCGGAAGGCCAAGCAGCAGCGAGGACCCUGACCUGAGGACCGCGCGGAAAACGUCCGGGCCGAAGGGUCGCGGAGGGAAGCAGAAGGCGAAGAAAGGAUCGCCCAGCACCAGCGACGGAAGCGGGUCGGAGACAAGCGGUGCGUACACCGACGUUGAUUUGUCGUCGAGCGCGAUUCGGAUGUUCGCAGGGGCCGGCGAAGUUCAAAGCCGUGCGCAGGUGAAGAAAGAGCACGCAGCUGUGGCGGCGGCGAACGCGCAAGAGCAGGCGCGGCGCGUCCAGCAGGCCCAUACAGUUUUUCUGGUGACGGCUGUGGGAGCUUUGUCGGCAGCCGUUGUGUCGAGGCAGGCCUUGGAUGAAGAAGCCGCCCACAGGGCUCGCUGGGAUUACGCUCGCUUGGCCAAAAAAGCUAAAAUCGACGACCUCAGGGGGAAGUUGGAGUUUACACUGGAAGGGCCAACGGCGAUGGCACUGCGAGCCUCUAUAGCGGCCUUGUNCGUCAGUGUCAUCUGCAGCGCCACCGCCUGCCACUACUCCUGAGGUCACUGCCCUGCCUGCGUCCAUUACGACAUCGCCUGCUGCUUCAACACCCGCGUCUGCGGCCGGGCUAGCGACCUUCCCUACGUCCGUGUCUUCAUCGCCUGAUACGCCAACGACCACUUCCAGUGUCCGAGAUNGCCGACUUCAUGCCCAAACCCAUCUCGGCCCCGACGCCACCCGCUGCAGGUGUCCCCAGUACGUCCGCGUCUACGUCAGUGUCAUCUGCAGCGCCACCGCCUGCCACUACUCCUGAGGUCACUGCCCUGCCUGCGUCCAUUACGACAUCACCUGCUGCUUCAACACCCGCGUCUGCGGCCGGGCUAGUGACCCUCCCUACGUCCGUGUCUUCAUCGCCUGAUACGCCAACGCCCACUUCCAGUGUCCGAGACGCUGCCCCCAUCGUUCUGGGCGCAACACGGGCCAGGACAAGGGCUAAUGGCCUCCCGGGAUUUACCGGGGCGCGGAAGAGGGGUGUUGGUGAUGUAGGACACGAAGAAAGGAGAGUUUGAAACACAAUCCCCUGAGAGGAGACAUAUUUUUUUGGCAUUGUGUUUUGGGAGCUGGUAUGCGUACGUUUUUUCAGUUUUCGCAAUGCUGUGUAGCGUGUAGAGGUCACCAGUCCCCGGCACCCACGUUUGUUUUGUGUUGUGUGCCGUGUUCUCUCUUGUAGACCAUGUAGCCCGCUUGUUUUUUUUUCUGCACGGGCUACGGCAGCAGCAGCAAUGUUUUUCCUUGCCAUCCCCUGUCCCCGUUCCUUGUACCCUGUGCCCACAUUUCUUUUUGUUUGCCCGUGUUAUCUCUUGUAGACUAUGUAGCCUGCUUGUUUUUUUUUUCUGCACGGGCUACGGCAGCAGCAGCAAUGUUUUUCCUUGCCAUCCCCUGUCCCCGUUCCCGGUACCCUGUGCCCACAUUUUUUUUUUGUGUACCCGUGUUAUCUCCUGUAGACUAUGUAGCCUGCUUGUUUUUUUUUCUGCACGGGCUACGGCAGCAGCAGCAAUGUUUUUCCUUGCCACCCCCCGUCCCCGUUCCCUGUGCCCUGUGGCCACAAUUUCUUUGGGUGUGCCCGUGUUAUCUCUUGUAGACUACGUAGCCUGCUUUUCUCGUUGGGAGUGAAUCGAGAAAGAGAUAAUGAAUCGUUCUUCACGCGACGGUUGCAGACGGUUCCAUUUGAGAACAAAAUUCAUUUCCAUUUGGUCGACGACCUACAUCUCAUGCCUCCAGGGCCAUGCAAAGGGAACCCGAUGUGUACUUCGGAGUGUGUCUACAAAGAAAGACGUCCACACAUGGGG